GUGGCUUAAGCCAAUAGCUUGUAGCAUCGGUAACAGAUCUGCGUUUAUUUUUAGCGGGUGGGUCACGGGGUUGAUUGGAGAACAGGGUGUCGCACGUCUGUUUUUGGAAAGCGACCCUCUGUGUGCCCUUGAAGGAGCGAAACUCUAUCCUCCCCGUGGCUGCUUAUGGUGCCAGUGGAGGUUUGACAGGGGGCUUCCUACAGCUCCUGGCACCGGGUCCUCAGACACAAGAAGCACAGGUUAAGGGGCGGCUGUAUGUGGAUCGGCUCCUUCCUAACCUGGCAAAGACCGGGCACAGGCAUGCCGUCGGAUUAGUGUUUGCUGGAGAGAUGAACACUGAUUCACACCAAACACAGUGCCACAGUCCUGCUAAGACUAAUAGGGUUAUUAUUGAAGCAAGUGUUCAGGUUGGAAUAGUACCAUGUUAUGCUUUUUAUUUUACUGGGGUGCCUUUGUCUUUCUGGAUAUCAGAGUCCCUCCCUCCUCAUCAUGCUGAACCUUAACGGUAUUGAUGUCACUCCCAGUUCAGGGAGUUCAGUCCACGCCUCUGUAGUCUGAUGGUGUUCCUGCCUCUGCUUCAGGGUCAUGAUUGUCAGGAGGUGCUUUCCUCAUGGUCCAUGUCUCCUGUCUGGGGAUUUGGCGAGGCUGAUCUGUGCUAGAAGAGGCUUCUGUGGCAUGACGACCACAAGCAAGAGCAACAAGGCCUUAAAGGUGAAAAGGGAGCCGGGCGAGAACGGCACGAGUCUGAUGGACGACGAGCUGGUGACCAUGUCGGUGCGGGAGCUGAACCAGCACCUGCGCGGCCUCUCCAAGGAGGAAAUCCUGCAGCUGAAGCAGCGGCGGCGCACGCUGAAGAACCGCGGCUACGCCGCCAGCUGCCGGGUCAAGCGCGUCACGCAGAAGGAGGAGCUGGAACGGCAGAAGGCCGCCCUGCAGCGCGAGGUGGAGAAGCUGGCCUCCGAGAACGCCAGCAUGAAGGUGGAGCUGGACGCGCUGCGCUCCAAGUACGAGGCCCUGCAGGGUUUCGCCAGGACAGUGGCCCGUGGCCCCAUGGGCGCCGCCCGGGGCCCCAUCGCCUCUGUCAUCGGGCCCCUGGUCCCGGGAAAAGUGGCCACCACCAGCGUCAUCACAAUAGUUAAGUCAAAAACAGACACCAGGUCCUAGUAUUGGGCACGGUGCCAGAGAAGUCAGGUCAGGUGGGUGUGGUCAGUGCAAUUCUAUGGGCUAAAGGUUUGUGUUGUUCUGAUUAUUCUAAAUCCAAAUUUCCCUUUUUUACUGAAUUAAUUUUGUGUAUCAUCCGGGGGGUCAAUUUUAUUUUUUUUCUUCUCCCAUUUCUCCAUCAUAAUGGAAUAUUAUAUAAUCAUCCUUUCUCUGGCUGGGCGUCAGCUUUUUAAACGAGCGUGCGUUUAAAGGUUAGUAUUCGCCACAUUACUCUGAUAUUCUCAGCACAUUUUUUUUUUCGUGUUUUUCCCCCCUAUACCUGUGCCUAAUAUUUUUGCACUGACCAACCAUUUGAGGUGAAAUCCUACAAAUGCAGUCCGAAAACCGUGAGCAGAACAGAGACAUUUCCUCAGAAGACCAGCUUAUGUGAUUGGAUAGUCCGAAUUUUUAGAGGCAAAUUAUUUUGAUAUGUUCAGCUGUUAUGGGUACCGUGUAGAUGUGUGUUCAGGAUAAUAUGCUGGUAUCCAAUGGUGUUUACAUGUAAUAUUUGAAGAAUAUAAAACUGAUAGGGCAAUAAUGUGCUUAAGAAUAGGAAAACUUUAAUGCAGGGUUCGGUAUGUAAAGUUUGAUGUCUUGUUGAUUGAGAAGUGGCCAGAUUUCAUCUCCUGAUACUUGGUGGACUUCAUAUGUGUGGGAUGUUCAUAUCAUUAAAACACAACAAGAAAAAAAAAUUAGAGGAAUUAAUACAGAGAUACAUGAAUAUAAUUAGGUACGAUUAAGAAGCUAAUUCCUGCUUUAGUUGUGAUUGUGAUCCAUUUUAGACUGAAGGUCACCUGUUGAACUAAGUGAAGCGUAGUAUCCUAGAUGACAUAUACUUAUUUUUAAAACUGAUUUUGCUAUUAUUAUUUUUUUUUGUAAUAAGGUGAGGACUAGCCGGUCACUUAAAUAGUAGAAAACUAGACUAGCUCAUCACGUGAAUAUUUUGUAAGCUUUACUACAGAGUCGUCAGUGUUUGUAUUUGAACGAUCUUUGUCCAAGUUCAAGUUCUGAUUUUUAUAAAAGCAGAAUACCUAGAUCUUGCGUUAUUUAUUUAUAAAAACCUUUGAAGGGGGAGAAAUGUUUAAAUCACUUGUUUGAUAUCAUUUUUGCAAUUGUACCAAAAGUGGCUUAAUAUUGAAGUCGAUAGCUUUUUCUUGUGACUAGGCACGUACUGUGGAUAGCGCGUGGCGUGGCGUACAAGUGAAUAGGUGGCAGUAUAUCUCAGUAUAUGGACGUGAAGCUGUACUUAUUUUUUCCUUUUUAAAUCUAGGUCGACAUAGGUGACGUAAACAUGGUGUCCCUUGCAUCUCUGUGUGUACCUGCUAUCGGUGCGCCCUGUGUAAUAGGAAGAGAGGCAGGGGAGAGGGUUAUUUUUUUUGUUGGGGUGGGGGGUUGAUGUUACCUCAGCCUAGUCAGCAGUAUCAGUGAACUUGUUUGACGAUGAGACGUGCGGCCCGUGCUUUCUGAUUGGUUUGACCAUGUUGGGUGGGGUGGGCGGUAUUUAAUCUGAAAGAUGACACUUUGUGAGACGUUUGCGGUUUAUGUAUGUCGUCUGAUGUGUAAAUGCAAAAAAAAAAGAAAAACCUCGACUUGAUUUAGCAUUCCAAACCGAAUGCGGGAGAAAGUCCCCGUGCC